AUGUCUGAAAGCAACAACCAUAGUGAACCUUCAUCAUCAUCAUCAUCUGAUAAUUCCAAUGCAAACAAUAACAACCAAAAACAACAAACUUCGGAUCAAGAUUGGGACACUAUUCGUUCCAUGACCAUUGAAAUGAAACCAAUAGGUAUCUUUCACUCUUGUUAUAAAUUCAAGAAUGCCACACCAAGACAAGGAGCCUUGGCACCAAUCGGAAGAGGACGUCUCAAGAUUCAAUCACCUCUAUUUGCCAUGAACAAUCAACAUCACUCUCUGAUGGGAAUUGAACAAUUUUCUCAUGUUUGGCUUGUUUAUUAUUUCCAUGAUAAUAAUAAUAUGGAGAAAUUAAAUACAAUUCAUCAGAACAAUACUACUAACAAUACUACAAACGAUAGUAAUAGUGAUAAUAAUAAUAAUAAUAGUCAGAACAAUAAUAAUAACAGUGAAGAAGAACAAGGCUUGAUUCGUCCACAAGUUAAACCACCCCGAUUGAAUGGAAAGAAGGUUGGAUUGUUUUCUGUUCGUUCUCCUCAUCGUCCUAAUCCAAUUGGCCUAACAUUGGCCACUAUUGAACAAGUUGAUUUGAAAAAGGGUGAAUUAUUAUUGAGUGGAGUGGAUUUAAUUGAUGGAACACCAGUUCUAGAUAUUAAACCAUAUAUUUCAAGAUAUGAUUCAGUAUUUGGUGGUGUUGAUAUUUAUGGAAGAAAGGCAACUGGAUAUGAAAACAAUGAUGAGAAGAAGGUUGAAUAUAAAGAACCUGAAUGGAUUGAUUUGGAUCCAGUUGUGGGACAUAUUAAUAGUGUAGAAUUUACUGAGGAAGCAAUUACUCAAAUUAAAGAAUGUUCAAUCGAAUUGGAUAUUGAAAAACAAUUUGGAUAUAAGAAUUGGAUAGAUGUUAGAGAGGCCAUUGAACAAAUGCUCAUUCUUGACCCAAGAAGUAUCUAUAGAAGAAAGAAGUGUGAAGAUAAGGUCUAUUGGUUCCACUUUGAUGAUUUGAAUCUGAGUACAACAAUUAAAACAGAGGGUGAUAAGACUGUUGCUACAGUUUUCAAAUGCGAGAUUUGGAGUAAGAUUGUAGCAUCACUGACAGAGGAAGAAAAGAGGAUUCACCACAUCACCAAAUAG